AUGAAUUCCAAUAAUCAAGGAGAAGAUGUGACUAAUAAUGCCAAUAGGCCAAACACUAGUGAAUCAAUUGGUUCAUCAAAUACUAAUUAUGCUAAUGCAUUUAAUAUUGGAUAUCAAAACCAUUUCUAUCAACAACAACAGUCGCCACCACCACCACCACCACAAGUAUUUCAACCACCAAUGCCACUACAGUAUCAGCCUCAGACACAACCACCGAUGUAUCCACCAAUGCAAUCACAAUAUCAACCACCAGUAAAUUAUGGACCACCAUUAGGAGCAUUCAGUCCAUCUAAUAAUACAGAAUAUCCCCAGCAACCACCAUAUUUUCAAACAGCUUUUCCACCACCACCGCCACCAAACAAUAUACCAGAAUAUCAUGAUCCAACAAAUAUGGGUGGCUAUCAUCAAAAUUACAAUCAACAAUAUCUACCGAUUAAUCAAACGCAAUUUCCAAAUCCGACAGGGCUAGUACAAAAUGUCCCACCUCCAACUGGGCCAACACAAUCAGGGACUUCCAAUACUUUCAAAAUGGGUUCAAAUAAUGCUUAUAAUUCAAUUAAUGAACCUGAAAAUGAAAGUUCAGACGUAGAGGAGUUGAGCAAAGACGAGUACAAUUUACAAACAAACUUUCAAAAGGAAUGGAAACCUAAAGAUCAUUUCUACACGAUAGAUGAACUUAAAAGUAAGCUCGAAGAUCCUUUUACUGCAGUUGAAAUAAAAUUCGAGUAUUACACACAAUUAAGUGAUCAUUUCAUUAAGAAAGCUCAUAUGUAUGUGGCAAAAACAAAGGAUUCUGAAGUUAUGGGAAUUUAUUAUAAAUUGAUUAAAAUUGCUAUAAGCUGUUUAGAAAUCUUGGAUACCAAAUAUAAAUUGAAUGAUUAUCAAAGAUUUAUUGUUUAUUUUAAAUUAGCUAUCAUUUAUUUCCAAGAAACUGGUACUUUAUUAAUUGGCGAAACUUAUUUGAGGAAAGCAACUAAGUUACUGCGGGAAUUAGGGGAAGUAAUUGAUCAUCUUAAAUGUCAAUUAUUACUUUGUCAAUAUCUUGAUAAAACAAAACUGAAAUCAUUAAUCAAUUAUUUAAAUGCUGAAAUACAGAAAUAUAACGAUAUAUUCAGUACCCUGAUAGUUGAAUGUUUUGAAUUAUUCAAAAUAAAAUAUUAUUUAGUUCAUAAUCCGGAUGUGGCAUUAACAUUAUUGACUAAGAUAAGUCAACAAAAAAACAAUGAUGCAUCAGGAGUGAAAACAUAUUGUUUGAUUUUAAGUUCCAAUUUACAAUUAUAUCGAGGAUCACCACAUGUAGCAUUGGAUUUAAUUGCUAAAGCUGAAAGGUUCAUACAAAAAUAUAAAUUUGAUUCCCUUGUAUUACCAGGAUUAUUGGUGAAACUUGCUGCCUUUAUUCAAUUAAAUAAAGAUUGUAAAUCACUUAUACGACAAAUUUCUGAAAAUUUCAACAAAUAUGGCAAACUUCAUAAUGAUGGACAAAUUGAAUUACGAGUUUUCAUAAGUGAAUUGAGUUAUACUUUCAAUUUGAAAUUUGAUUGGUUAACUACCGAAGAAAUUUCAAUAAUAAUUCAUUUUUUAACUGGAGUUUCGUUUUUAAAAGAUUCCAAAAAUAAAUCCCAAAUAUGUUUUAAUAAGGCAUUAAAAAAUUUACAUAAAAUACAAAAAUAUGAUAAAUAUCAUGAUUUAUCAAUUGUUGAUUUCAAUAGAAGACAACAACGAUUGAAAUAUUUGAAAAUUUAUUUCAAUAUUUAUAAAACUAUUAAUAAUUUUAUCUUGAAUGAUUAUAAAAUUGAUCCAUUGAAUGAAUUUAUGCAACAAACUAAUCAAAUUGAAUUUGAUAAAGAAUUUUCAAUUAUUAUUCAAUCAGUUUAUCCAUUAAUUUAUUAUUGUUUUGCAAUGUUUUAUCAUCAUAAUGCUGAUUUACAAGCAGCAAAAUAUUAUUAUUUAAAAGUUAUUCAAUUACUGGGGAACAAUGUUGUUACCACAACAACUCCAGAAAUCACGGAGAAUUCAUUUCUUCAAUUAUUUUUUGGAGUUCCAUGUCAAUCGGUAGCACCAAAAGGGAAAUUCAAUGAAUUAUAUGUAUUUGCAACUUUGAAUUUAACUAUUUUAUUAGAUUAUGAACAUGGGAUUUUAAAAGAUAAAACACCUUCAUAUUCAAUUCAAUUGAAACAUAAAUGUUUAAACGAUUUGGAACAAGCUUUUAAAAAUUCUCAAUCAUCUAAUAAUACCACUAAUGCUUUUAAUCAAAAUUUCACUUUAAAUUCAGAUAUUAUGCAUAUAACAUAUAAUUUACUACUUAAAGUAUUAUUUCAAAAACCAAUUGAUUUAGAAUUUGAUACUAAAUUACGAGAAAUGCUAGAAAUUUUAGGUCCAAAUUCAGCUUUUGCAUUUUUUUAUAUUUUAAUAAUGUAUUUAUUAGAUUUUCGAUCUUCAAAUAACAAUUCUAUUGAUGAACAAAAACAUUUAUUACAAAAUUAUCAAGAUAAAUUAAAGUUUGAUAAUGAUACCGAAUGGAUUUGUAAACUAUUAGCCCUGAAAAGUUUUAUGAAAUAUUUUAAAUUGAUGGGAGAUCAUGAUAAAUCAUAUUUAUCACAAAUGCAAUAUGAACAAUGUGAAAAAAUGUUGAUGACAAAAUUUCAAUUUUUGAAAAAUAAUGUUGUUGGUAAAGAUGAGAAUUUCAAAGAUUCAAUUUAA